AUGAAAAGUACUAUUUUACGACUAGCACGCUCCACCUCGGCUCCACCCCCUUUACCAAAGUUUUUCAAAGACACCAACAUUUCCUUGGCCCAUUUUAUGGUGCGAGGUCAGGUGAUUUCUCUUUAUCGUGAUAUUUUGAGAUGCACAAAGGGUCUUGAUAAGCAAAGCGCAAGAGAGAUUCGAGAUUUUGCACGAGCAGACUUUGAGCGUUAUCGAAAUGAGAGGGAUUUGGACAAGAUCCGAUCAUUGCUGUCAUCUGGCAAACAACAAAUGCAUUCUCUAAAGGCAUCCGUUGACUUGGCCCACGCAAGCCGAUAA